GCUUGGUAUAUAACUUAAUAUUACUAGUAUCAUAAACAUGAAAGCUCUUGUUCUGAUCCUAAUGAUCUCUUUCGCUACAUUUGCACAAGCAAAUGCUGGUGUUGGCCCACUUGACGCUGCUCACUUUGUUGACGGAUUCCUCAGAGGAGCCUUAAAUGCUGAAAUCGGUGAAGUUGAUGACUGUCUCACUGAUGCUGACGGUGUUGUAUCUGUUGUUGGAAAAAUUGUAGAUGACCUUAGCAAAGGCUUUAAUCUCGCUUCCUUAAUCCAAGAUAUUGGACUUCUCUUCAUUCAGAUCCCAAAGAGCCUUCAAGAAUGCCAAAACCUUCCUCCUGUUGUUGAUGAGACUUUCCAAAAGUGGACAAAUACCCUUUCCAAUCCUCUGAAGAUUGCUAAAAUUGUUGGUUAUGCCCUCUUCAAAUACAGGGAUCAAUUAGUAAAUGAUGCUAACACCUUCGUACAAGAUUGGAACGAUGGCCAAUUUGAAGAAUCUGGAAGAUACUUGGGAGAUAUCCCCCAUGUCCUGUUCGAUUUGUGCUCUUCUCCACAACCAUUGAAGGUUACUCCAAUUGACGUAGGAUACUUCCUCGAUGGGUUCCUUAGCUCUGCUUUGCAAAGCGAAGUUGCUGAUGUAGAGAGCUGCAUCACCGAUGCCGAUGCCAUUAUUCAAGACAUCGAUAAGUUCGUCGCUGAUAUUAGCAAAGGGUUCGAUCUCCUUGAUAUCAUUACUGACCUCGGAGCUCUCUUCGUAGAUGUCCCCAAUAGCAUCAAGGACUGUGGAGAUUUCAACGUCCAAGUUGCCAAGCUCUUUGCUGACUGGGGAGCCAAGAUUUCUAAUCCUAUUACUGUUGCCAAAAUUGUCUACAACACCUUAGCUCACUAUAAAGACAGAGUUGAAUCUGAUGCUACAGGAUUUGUUGAUGAGUGGAAUGCUCAACAGUACAAGCAUUCUGGAGAAUUACUUGGAGAUAUCCCAUACGUCAUCUUCACUCUUUCCUCUAAGCUCCCUCUGGAAGAAACUUUUGUUAAGGGUGAGAGCGCAUAAAUCUUGAUUCAAAAAUAUCGAUCGCUACAUUCAAUCA